AUGGCCGAAACCGCAGCGUCGCGACCUCUCAGCACGGCAGAACAGCUCAUUCGAUCUUCUUCGAAGCGGACACGCGAGAUAUUUGCCGCCGAUUUCGCGUCAUCAGCGGCGCUAGAUCACGCUUCAAACGGCAGCUUCUCGAUACACCCAACCACACCAGCGCCCUCAGCUGCCGCAGACCAGGCCAGCGUCGCAUCGCGCAUUCGCAACGAAUAUGAACAUGUGCGCGAGCUACCACCCGCGCUAGCUGCGAAGAUGGCCAGCGCAGCAUCUACAGCGGCCGAGCGACGGAAGAAGAUCAAGGCACAGAACGCUGAAGAGAAGGCCUCGGAUCCUAAGAUGCAGAAGAUGAUUGAUGGUGUCUCAGAAAAGGCGGACAAAGCGCGUGACGCGCAGUCGAUGCAGUUGGCAGUGAGAGCGGGAGGCAAGGGCGCUGCACCAAACGCUCAUGGACCUACGCCAAGCAGAGAUCAGACGUCCAGCGCGUUGGUCAGGAAGGACGUGGUUCGUCAAGCGAAGCCCGACUGGCAUGCGCCGUGGAAGGUCAAGACGGUUAUCAGCGGACACAUGGGAUGGGUGCGAUCGGUGGCGAUGGAGCCUGGAAACCAAUGGUUUGCGACCGGUGCCGCGGACAGGACGAUCAAGCUUUGGGAUCUGGCCAGCGGUCAACUAAAGAUCACCUUGACAGGACACAUCUCGGCAGUCAGAGGACUUGCAGUGAGCCCAAGGCAUCCGUAUCUCUUCUCUUGCGGAGAAGACAAGAUGGUCAAAUGCUGGGAUCUCGAGACCAACAAAGUCAUUCGACAUUACCACGGCCACUUGAGCGGAGUCUACUCGCUUUCGCUUCAUCCGACCGUCGAUGUGCUCUGCACAGGAGGACGAGAUGGUGUAGUCCGUGUUUGGGACAUGCGAUCGCGCAGCAAUAUUCAUGUUCUCGGGGGCCACAAGGGAACAAUUUCUUCGAUCCAAUGUCAAGAAGCCGAGCCCCAAGUCUUGUCUGGAAGCAUGGACAGCACAAUACGACUCUGGGACCUGGUCGCCGGAAAGACUCGUACGGUUCUCACACAUCACAAGAAGUCGGUUCGCUCUCUUGCCACACAUCCCACAGAGUUUACAUUUGCAUCUGGAUCGGCGCAAUCGGCGAAACAAUGGCUAUGCCCGAACGGCGAUUUCAUGCAGAACUUCUCGCCGGUCAACAGCAUCAUCAACACACUCUCUGUAAAUGAGGAUAACAUCAUGUUCGCCGGUAGCGACAACGGCGAAGCCUCGUUCUACGACUGGAAGACAGGCCAUCGGUUCCAGCAUGGCGAAAGUAUCGCACAGCCGGGUUCUCUCGAAGCUGAAGCAGGUGUCAUGUGCUCGACAUUCGACAAAACCGGCCUGCGUCUCAUCACUGGAGAGUCGGACAAGUCUAUCAAGAUUUGGAAGCAGGAUGAGAACGCCACGGAAGAGACACACCCGCUCGACUGGAAGCCGACACUUGGACGACGGAAAUUCUAG